CGCGUUGCGUCAAACAAGUCGCUUGCUGUGGAGUUUCAGCAGCUCAUGUGACGCGCCGCCUACGCAAUUUACUUACAGACUUUUCUGAGUGUUUCAGAGGGAUCUGGAGCGAACUGGCGUUGAGAAACACACCACCCUCCGCGAAGAACAACAACAACCGGAGCGACAAAACCCGCUGAAGUUGUGCCUCAGACGCGUCUACGUUCUGUUCUGGCGAUGGUUCCCUGACUUCGUCGCGUAGAAAAGAAGUCCUGCAGCAUUCGCGAGGAUCCGGCGGCGUUCCGGUCAUGUCCUUGAUCCGGCCGGAGAGUUCUCUGUCUGUGGCUGAGUGGCUGAACGCCCUCCGGCUCGACCAGUACUGCUCCGUCUUCCAGGAGGCGGGGCUUGGAACGCUGUGGGAGUGUCAUGAUCUAAGCUCCGCCCAGCUUCAGCGAAUGGGCGUGGCUCUGCCCGGCCACAGGAAGCGGAUCCUCGGCAGCCUGCACAAGCUCCUCCCCUCGGCGGGGGGGAUGGAGGAGGACGAGGAGCGAGAGGAGGAGAGGCCCGUCGCCCGAGAAAGAACCAAAUUCAGAAAGACUGCAGACGACGGGACGAUGGAAAACAGCGACGCAGGUAGACGUCGACCUCCCAUCCCGCCUCGGGUCAUGCCCAAUCGACCCCCCGUUCCCUUCACGCCCGGGUCGGUAACAAUGGCGAGCGCUCCUGAGCCUAUCAGCAUCCCCGAACAAAAGGAAACGUCCACACCUGCCGGACGAACCAAGCCCAUCCCAACUCCGAGGCCACGCCCAGAACACCUGUCUCUUAAAGGGCCGGCGCAGCAGCUCCAGACGAGCGAGAGGAAACCGUCUCCUGUGUCUCCCUCUUCAUCCUCCUCCUCAUCGGAGUGCUUCCACCUGUACGAACAGUGUUCAUCUCCCGCUCAGGGAGAAGCGGGGAUUCCUCCUCUUCCUCCUAAGAGCUAUGCGGUGGGCGUGUCUAAAGAGCCCAGAGACGUCCCGUACAUGCCCCCCGUUCCACCGCCUCGGGUCUCCUGCGGCACGACUGCGAGUCCCAUGAGCACAUCAUCCGGAAGCCCGCCCACAUUCAGCUCUCCUGCAGAUGAUCCCUUCGACACGGAUCGAGUCCCAGACGUCCCGCCGCGAAAGAUCAGACCUCCGAAGGAGAGCUCAGAGAGAGACGUCAGAAACCAGUUGGAUUCGGAUGAAAGUUCAGAUGAAUAUGAUGAGUGCGAGCCCAGCGGAGACGCUAAACUCAUAGACAUGGCCAGCAAGAUGUCCUUGGUGGUUCCCAAGGCAAGGAAAGCCCGUUACAGCAGCCUGUGCAGCGACGACGAGCUGCUGGAGGACGACACCAACUGUUACGAAUCAGUGUCUGAGAAACGGAGUUCAUGGAUCGAAGAUUUCGGUUCGAUCUCUGGCUCUCAGAACAGCAUCUACCUGCCGAACACAGGUCAUGUUAGUGCUCCGCCCCCUCGGGAAGACCCCGCCUCCACCAGCGUCCCUGUGAUUAAAAUGGGCUGGCUGUACAAGAAUCCUCCUCAGGGGUCUCUGAUCUACCAGCACCGCUGGGUCAAACUGGAUGCUGAAUACCUGAGAUACUUCGACACUGAGAAGGACGUCUACUCUAAGAGGAUCAUCCCAACACUGUCCAUCACCAGUGUGGUCAACGUUGGAGAGCAGAAGUUUGAAGUGGUGACGCACAAUCGCACUUUCCUGUUUCGAGCCGAGAGCGACUUGGAGCGGAGCGAGUGGGUGACGGUGUUAAAGAGCUGUGUGGGGGUCUCCCACGCUCGCACCAGUCUGGACGUGACCUUUAACCCCUGCGUGAGCUACGAGAUGAAGGGUUACCUGGAGCUGCGCGGCCUGCGCUCCAAACUCUACACCGUGGUGUGUGCAGAUAAAGUCUUCCUCUACAAGAACACUGAGGAUUAUCGUCUGGGGAUCGGCAUCACCUCGAUUGAUAUGAAUGUUGGUAAUGUGAAGGAAGUGGAUCGGAGAGCGUUCGAUCUGACCACACCUUAUCGUAUAUUCAGUUUUGUAGCAGAUACGGAUCAGCUGAAGGAUCAGUGGGUGGAGGCCAUGCGUAACUCUAUCGCAGAGGCCUUGUCCAAUUACGAAGUGGCUGAACGGAUCUGGGCGGAGCCGUCCAAUCAGAUGUGUGCUGACUGCAGCGCUGCCAAACCUGAGUGGGCCGCCAUCAACCUGUGCGUGGUUUUCUGCAAGCGAUGUGCAGGAGAGCAUCGUGGUCUCGGUCAGAGCAUAUCUAAAGUGCGCAGUCUCAAAAUGGACAAGAAGGUCUGGACUGAUGAUCUCAUCCAGCUGUUUCUUGCUCUAGGAAACGAACGAGCCAAUCAGUUUUGGGCGGCAAACGUCCCGCCCAGCGAGGCUUUGACCCUGAACAGCAGCAGCGAGGAGCGACGCCGCUUCAUCGCAGCAAAAUACCGCGAGGGGAAAUACCGCCGAUAUCACCCGCUGUUCGGCAACCAGAGAGAGCUCAACAACGCGCUGUGCAUUAACGUCCAGUCGAGCGAUGUGUGUGAGACGCUGGCGCUGGUGUUCUGCGGCGCUGAUGUGAGCUGUGACACCGGUGACCCCGAGCUGACCUCCCCGAUCGCUCUGGCACAACACCACGGACAGAACCUGCAGCUGGAGUUCCUCAUGCAGAACCGCAACACAGAGCUCCCGAGGUCAGAGGUGAAGGUUGCUAUAGACCGGGUGCACUACAUGGCCCCGCCCUCGGUCACGCAUAACGGGUUUCUAUUUAAGACCGCCUCUAUGGCUCGACCAAUCACAGAGAAGAAGGGAAAAGAAGACUUCAGUCGGCGCUGGUGUGUGCUGAAUGAUGGGAAUUUUAGCUAUUAUGAAAGUGACAAAAACGCUACGCCGAACGGAGGACUGAAGAUGAAGGAGAUCGUCUGUCUGGCUGUCAGCCCUCCUGAGACUCAUGGGUACGAUCACACGUUUGAGCUGUACUCGGAGGCCGAGCGCUUGUAUCUGUUCGGCACUGAUAAUCCCGAGACCAUGCGCGAGUGGGUCAAAUCCAUAGCAAAGUCGUUCAUUCCUGCGGCCGCGGAGGAUCUGUUACUGAAGGACUUCGAGCGCAUCGGCCGGCUGCGUUAUAAAGACAGACUGAACCGGGAGAUGUCCAGACUGGGCUGGUUCUGUCUGGUGGGGUCCAGCCUGCACAUCCGGCUGGAGGAGCACGCCGCAGACGAGACCAUCGACCUGCAGAAGCUCCAGGAGCUCUCGAUCCAGCCGGAGAACGAGGUUCUGGUUCUGGUGGAACGAGGCAGAACGCUGUACAUCGAGGGCGAGAGGAAGCUGGACUUCCAGGGCUGGGCGGCUGCCAUCCAGAGGGCUGCUGGGAGUUCUGGAGACACACUGAGUCAGCAGCAGCUGACGGAGGCCGAUAUUCCCGUGAUCGUGGAGCGCUGCAUUCACUUCACCACUCAAUACGGUCUGACCUCAGAGGGAAUCUAUCGUAAGAGUGGUGUGAACAGUAAGAUCGCCGCCCUGCUGGAGGAGUUCAGACGCGACGCCAGGUGUGUUUGGCUGAAGGAAGGGGAACAUCAGGUGGAUGACGUCUCUAACGUCCUCAAGCGCUUCUUCAGAGACAUCGAGGAGGGAUUGUUUGGCCUGGAUGCACACAGCUGGCUCAGCGCUACAGCUUUCACAGAUGAGAGCAGUCGUAUCUGUCAGUAUCGUCUUCUGUUCAGUAAUCUUCCCCGAGUCAACCAGGCCACACUACGAGCGCUAGUUAAUCAUUUAUACUGCGUCCAGCGGUUUGCGGAUCUCAAUCAGAUGAAUCUUCACAAUCUGGCCAUCGUGUUCGGCCCGACUCUCUUCCAGGCGGACGGGAAGGACUACAGCGCCGGACGGGUCAUCGAGGAUCUCAUCCAACACUACGUCACUAUAUUCGCUGUGAACGAGCUGCAGCUGAAGAAGCAGUUAGAUGAGAUCACAUACAUCAUAAAGCUCAGAGACAACCUUGCGCCUAAAGCAGGAACGGGCAGUGGUGAUUUUAUCUGUACGGUUUACCUGGAGGAGAAGAAGGACACCGCUGAACAGCAUGUGAAGAUUCCCGCCACGAUGACGGCCGCAGAACUGACCUUCGAGAUCCUGGACAGACGGAAAAUCAGCGUUAAGGAGAAAGACUACUGGUGCUGCUUCGAGGUGAACGAGAAAGAGGAGAUGGAGCGGCCGCUGCACUACCAGGAGAAAGUGCUGCCCAUCUUUCAUUCCCUGGGCACAGACAGUCACCUUCUGGUCAAGAAGCACUUCUCCAUGGAGGCCAUGCUGGUCUAUCUGGCCAGUAAAGUGGAGGUGUCUAAACACGGUAUGAUGAAGUUCAGAGAAGAGAGGAGUCUGCUGGGGUUGAGCACGGGAAGCUUCAAUGACCGAUACUUCAUCCUGACCAACACCUCGCUCAGACUCUAUAAAGAAGUCCGGAGUAAUCGUGCCGAGAGAGAGUGGCCCGUCAAGUGUCUGAAAGUCUAUCAUGGCAUUAAAAAGAAGCUCCGUCCGCCGACAUGCUGGGGUCUCACAGUCAUCUAUGAGAGUGAGAAACAGGAGAAGCAGGAGAGACAGCAGUGGUGUCUCUGCUGUGACACACAGAAUGAAAUGAGGGAGUGGUUUGCUACGUUCAUGAGCGUACAGAACGGAGGUCGUGUUUGGCCGGCGGAGUGGUUGAAGUCUCGUGCGGCGAGUCGCUCUGUGCCGCUGGACGCUCGCUUCGGUAACGUGUCUCUGAUUCCUCUGCGGGGCAGUGAGAACGAGAUGAGGAAUAGUGUCGCCGCUUUCACAGCUGAUCCACUCGCUCUGUUCAGAAAUGUUUGACGGAGUGAACGGUGUUCAGUUUUAGGAUCUGAAGGUGUGUGUGUGUCCGUCUCAUCAGCAGCCGUGGAUCGCUCUGAUCUGGAUCAGCACCUGAGUGUUUGGAUCUUCUCACGCACUUUGACCUUCACAGAGGUGACCUCACAGCACACUGGUCCAAUCCAUCACUGUUUCCUGAGACGUCAAACUUGAUGGGUCACAUGAUGCUGAAAGGCGGGAUGGAUUUUUGUUUCAUGUAUUUUUUUAACAUUCACUGGACUGCGGCGUCACACGAGGGACGUUUAAUGUCCGUCUGACCGGUCUGAACACUCGAGGCUUCGCUCGGACCAAACAGACCCUCACACUUUACAGACUUUAUAAAUUAUUUGAGAUGCAUUCCUGUUUUAAUGUCAAUCCAAUGGAAACGAAUCACAUCAAGAACUUUUAAGGUCACGGAUUAGUCCUGUGUGUGUGUGUGUGUGUGUGUGUGUGUGUGUGUGUGUGUGUGAAAUGGUGCUUUUACGUCAUGGCAGAAUACAAUAAUAAUUAUAAUUUGUGUUUGUCUGUCUUUGUCUUUUUAUUUUAAGUAUUUUACACACACACACAUA